AUGGCUCCGGACGCAAAGUCGGCCUCCACCUCCUCCUCGGCCGCCGGUCUUGCCAAGUACAUCUCGAAGCACCCAUCGUUCCGCGACCCGAGAUCGCAUGCUUCGCCCCUGCCAGCCCUGUAUGCCGAUCUGUCACGGCAGCGCAAGAGCAAUCCGGCCGGCUAUCGCGCCAGCAUCGAGUGGUGGAAGGACACACUGCUCGACGUCACGUGGCAGGGUGUGCAGCUCGACCGCGACCCACCGGCGCUUGAUCCCUCUUCACUCGACUCUCUCAACGAGGAUGUCCCCUCUGCCUCCUCUUCGGCGCCGCUGCCGGACCGCACGGUGUUCCGGCUGGACGAGAGCACCAAGGCGCGCUGGACGGUCGAAGGCGUUGGCCGUCCACUCGGUCUCGGCAGCGUGAUCGCUGAGCUCGAACGGGCCCACACAGUGACUCCGCUGUCCAAGUUUCUGCACUGCAGCACGCCGCUGCAUGGGCCCGCCAAACCGGCGUCAGGGCUGAGGGGCUACCUGCCGACGCCUGGAGGCGUGGCGUCGGCGCUGCUGGUGACGCCGGCGCGGUGGGCGGCAUCGUCGGUGCUCGGCAUGGUCACCGGCUCGGCGGCCGAUGACGACUAUAGCGAAGACGAGCGGCUGUUUCGGGACAAACGGGGCGACUGGGUCGUGUACGACCUCGUGCACCGCAUCGCCUCUGCUUUUCUGCUACACCAUUUCGAACACGAUGCAACGCUCAGCCCCAUCUCGGCGCUCAUGACCGCCGCCGAGUUUCGGCAGCGCCUCGCGCGCGUCUGUGCGUCGCAGUUCGGCUUCCACCCGAGCGAGCGCGAUGUCCAGCUGGUCCUCACGCAUCUGUCUCGCGACUGCGGCGGCGUGCUCACCACCAGCGGCGGCAUCAUCAAGCUCGCCGGCAGUGAAGCCGAGGUGGCGGAGCGGAUCAGCGAGGAGGACCGCGGGGUGGUGGCGGUGAAAGAGACGGUGCGCAAGGUCGAGCUGCAGAUCACCUCGCUCGAGGCCCAGAUGGGUCGGCGCACUGUGCAGGCCAAGGAGGCGCUGCGCAAGGGGAACAAGGCGCAGGCAGCAUCGUACGUGCGCAGUCGGCGGGCGUUGGACGAGGUGUUGACCAAACGCAUGGGUGCACGCGAGACCAUGACGCGCGUGCUCAUCGGCAUCGAACAGGCCAAGAGCGACGUCGAAAUCGUGCGCGCAUACCAGACGAGCAAUGAGGUGAUGCACAACCUGCUUGCCAAACCCGAACUCAACAUCGACUCGGUCGAUCGCACCGUCGAGGCGCUCGAACAGUCGUUGGCCAGCCAGCGCGAGGUCGACGACGCCAUUCGUGCCACCGCGGCUAGCGACGUGGAUGAAGACGAGAUCCAACAAGAGCUCCAACAGCUGCUCGACGAAAAGAGCGCCCAAUCCAAAGCCGAAGCUCCGCCAAAGGAAGAUGCCCAGGUCACACAAGAGCCGCAACUCGCUGCAAAGCCGCAGGAUACAACAGACGACGACCUCAUUGCGCGCUUCAACCAGCUCCGUCUCCCUCCCACCACCGACCCUGCGCAAUCCACUCCGACAACACCUACUCAGGACCGCUCAGAACCCAUCUCUCAAUAA